UCUAUACCUAUCUGCGAGCAUGAUGCCAUUCUCGAACGACAACUACAGAUCAUCAGUGGUCUUGCCAUCUCACCUUGGCAUACAUUUGACGAACUUGAACGCGUGCUUAGUCUAGCGGAAACGUGGGGAGCGAGAGGUGUGCUGGAUAUUGUACGCGCAUCGAUAAUUGCCCCGGUAUUCCUGCAAGAACCACUCCGGGUGUGUGCAAUAGCGACAAGGUUCGGGUGGAAGGAGGAA